AUGACAACGGUUCGCACAAUCAUCUCUAUAGUUGAUUCUAGUGGGUGGUCUCUUCAUCAAAUGGAUGUGAAUAAUGCUUUUCUUCACGUAAGUCAAUUCGUGCAUUCUCCUCGCCGUCUUCACUUGGCUGCGGUUCAUCGUAUAAUUUGCUACUUAAAGGGAACCUCUCACCGCAGAUUAUUCUUUUUCGUUGGAAUUUCUCUUCAGUUGAGUGCUUAUAGUGAUGCUGAUUGGGCAGGAUGUCCUGAUACUUGUCAUUUUGUUACUGGUUGGUGCAUGUUUCUUGGUUCUUCAUUGAUCUCUUGGAAAAGUAAGAAGCAAACAAGAGUUUCUAAAUCUUCUAAUGAAUCAGAGUAUUGUGCCAUGUCUACUGCUUGUUCAAAAAUACUUUGGCUUCGUGGUCUUUUGGCUAAACUUGGAUUUUCCCAAAUUGAGUCAACUUCACUUUAUGCUGAUAAUACAAGUGUCAUUCAAAUUGUUGCAAUUCUUGUUUUUCAUGAAGGCACCAAACAUAUAUGA